UCCGCAGCAGGACGAGUCCCGACAGCCGACCAAGAAGCAGCGCACCGAGGCGAUCACCGAGGGCAUCAAGGGCGUGAUCGAGCGCACCAGCGCGACGGGCGAGGAGAAGCAGGCCGCGGGUGUUCGCAGAGAGGAGAAGCCAGUGAAGGAGGCUGCAGCUGCGGAGUCAGGCGCUGCUGCGGUCGGUGCUGCUGGUGGUGGCGCCCCUGCUGAGCAGUCCCCUGCAGCCAAGGGCCGCAACAAGGGCGCCAAGGGCCGCAGCCGUGGGCAGUCGAGCGAGGCAGGCACGCCCAAGGCGGGCAAGUCCUCCGCGCAGGAUGACAGCAUCAAGGCCCUGACUACGGAGGGUAAGCAGAUCAUCUUGAGGUACCACACUUCGAUCGGGCUGGCAGACGGCAUAUGCUACAACAUCAACGAAGACAGCACCUGGGCAUGCCUCAAGGGCGACGACGACGCCAAGGCCUUGAUCAGGGCAGUGGCCGACGUCCGUCACGAGGCUCUCAGGAAGAAUGUCGGAGACGGGGAGUACAUCAGCCACCUGCACAGGCUGAGGGAGUUAGAUAGGAAGAUCAAGGAUCUGAUGAAGCUGACCUCUAGGGUCAAGAUGAUUCACAGGGUGAAGACUGCCGAGUCAGACUAG